AUGGUUCGCUUCCUAUCCACCAGUACCAUCCGAGCAACGAGUCACAAUGACUCCACUAGAAGAGUCGAGUUAACUCCAUGGGAUCUCCGACACCUCAUAGUUGGGUAUAUUCAGAGGGGCCUCCUCUUUGUCAAACCUACAUCUUCACAAGAAAAACAACUUGAUGAAGAAAACAAUGUGAUCGAUCACCUAGCAUCCUCCCUCUCUCGCACAUUGGAUAUAUUCUAUCCCCUUGCUGGCCGACUUGCCAUGAUUGAAAACAGUGAAGAUGACACCACCUCCUUCUUCAUUGACUGCAAUAACCAUGGUGCCCAAUUUGUCCAUGCAGUUGCAGAUGGUAUCACUGUGGCUGAUAUCCUUGAGCCUAUUUAUAUCCCUGAUCACAUUGUCGAUUCCUUGUUCCUUAUGAACAGUGUUCCGAACUAUGAAGGCGUUUCCAAACCAUUGCUCGCCGUGCAAGUAACUGAGCUUGUUGACGGCAUCUUCAUCGGUUGCUCUCUAAACCAUGCCGUUUCUGAUGCAACCACAUUCUGGCAUUUCUUUAAUACUUGGUCUGAGAUUUCUCGAGGCAACAGUGACAAUUUGCAACCGUACCCCAUAUUUGAACGUAGUGGUUUUGACGGUGUUAUCAACUUUCCCAUUCACAUACCAAGCCCUCUAAAAGUAAAAGCUGAGAAAUUCAUUCCUGAUCAACAGCUGCAACGAAGGUAUUUUCACUUUACAAAGGAAAAAAUUGCAGAGCUUAAAGCAAAGGCCAACAAAGAAAUGGACACUGACAGGAUCUCAUCUCUGCAAGCAGUCGUGGGUCAUUUUUGGCGAUCCACAACUCGCUGUCGGUGUCUAGAUUCUGGCGAAAAGGUUAUCUGCAUUGUAGCUCUGGGGACGAGGCAUAGAAUGCAACCUCCAUUGCCAAAACAGUACUUUGGGAACGCAGUGCAUGGGGAGAUAGUCAUAAGCACAGCAGGGGACUUGAUAGAACACGGAAUCGGCUGGGCGGCUUGGCGUAUAAACAAUAUGAUUGCUUCAAAGACAACGCAAGAAGUGAGAAAGUACUUGAAUGAGUGGGUGAAAAAUCCUUGGGUGGUGAACACUACCAGCAGCCCAGCCAUAAGUAAUAAAGUGCUCUUAGGAAGCUCGCCAUGGUUCAACGUGUAUGGUAAUGACUUUGGUUGGGGAAAACCCAUCGCGUUGCGAGGCGGUUUUGGGGCUAAAUUUGAUGGGUCGUUACUUGUGUUUCCUGGGAAAGAAGAGGGUAGCUUUGAUUUUGAAGUUUGCCUUUUGCCUGAGACUCUAGUUGCCAUGGGAGAGGAUGCAGAGUUUAUGGAGGCUGUGGCCACAUGAACUUAUAAGGCCGGCUUAGAUUAAAGGGAGGGAGAGAGAUUGAAGAAGAGUAAAAGAGAAUGGACCGAAAAUUCUCAAUCCAAACCGACCAUUAAUUACUUAUGACCAAUAAUUAAUGGGUGGCUUUUUUAGUCCAAAUUGGAUCGUAAGAACUGGAUGCUUUUUUAAUCAUUCGCCGUCUCACUACUAUGAUGAAUUUACUUUCUUGGGAUCUUUUGUUCGAACAUUUUAUUAUUUUUUUUUUGCAUUUAUUUCUUGCAAAUUUCUUAGCCAUCAUGUUUGUCAAACUUAUUCAGUUCAAAGGUUAAUUCCCUUGUACUUAGGAGAACAAAGAAAUUUGCAG